UUGAUACAACUCAUCAUCUUCUUUACCCCGCCAAGAUCGGUUCCUAUCCUUCUCUCCUCCACCACCCUCUCUCCAUUUUCUUCCCUCUAUUUUACCUCUCUCUCUAGAAGUUUUAACACAAACAAACCCACCAAAAACAAUGAAACCAUAACAACAACAACAAUAUUUUGUUUUUAUUUUUAGACAUAGAGAGAAGGAGGUUUUGGGUUUGUGUUUUCUCUCCUUCUCUUCGUUGAAAGUUUUCGUUUUCUUUUUCUUUUUUUUAUAAAUUCUUUUGUGAGAUUUUGAUGAGAUGGGUAACGUGACAUCAAAUGUAGCGGCCAAGUUCGCCUUCUUCCCGCCAGAUCCGGCAACGUACAGAGUAACAGAGGAUGAGGAGACAGGGAAGCUGGUCUUCUCCGGAGUCUCUCCCGACCUGAACAUGGAAGUCCAUCAGCUCAGCACCAAGUCCGGUAACAAAGUUGUUGCCACGUUCUGGAGACACCCUUUCGCGAGAUUCACGGUUCUAUAUUCUCAUGGCAACGCAGCUGAUCUUGGCCAAAUGGUUGAGCUCUUCAUCGAGCUCCGUGCUCAUCUCCGCGUCAACAUCAUGAGUUAUGAUUAUUCAGGCUAUGGAGCUUCAACAGGAAAGCCAUCUGAGUUCAACACAUACUAUGACAUUGAGGCAGUGUACAACUGCUUGAGAAGCGAUUAUGGGAUCAAGCAAGAGGAGGUGAUACUGUACGGACAGUCUGUUGGAAGUGGGCCAACGCUGCACAUGGCUUCAAGGUUGAAGAGGCUAAGAGGAGUUGUUCUUCACAGCGCCAUUCUCUCUGGCAUUAGAGUCUUGUAUCCUGUCAAAAUGACUCUCUGGUUCGAUAUCUUCAAGAACAUAGACAAGAUUCGCCAUGUGAAUUCCAAAGUUCUCGUCAUACAUGGUACAAAGGAUGACAUAGUGGAUUUGUCUCACGGGAAGAGAUUGUGGGAGCUGGCCAAGGAGAAGUAUGAUCCGUUAUGGGUGAAAGGUGGAGGUCAUUGCAACCUGGAGACGUAUCCUGAGUACAUUAAACACCUGCGCAAGUUCAUAAACGCAAUGGAGAAACUAUCUUUAACCAAUCCACCACCAAAACAACCGACCAAUGAGCCUAGUAUCACCGAGACUAAGCACAAUCGGUGCUUGAGAUUUCGGAAAAGGUAGGGAUGUGUUUCUUCAGGUUUAGUAGCAGAAUCAGAAGACAAUUUGGGAGAUUCCUUUAUGUGCUUGCAUAAGACAUGUGUUUUGAACUCAGAACAUUCAAGGAAAGCUUGAGGAGAGUCAUUUCCUCUAGUGAGAUCAAAACCAAAUGCUAAACACUGGUGGAAAACAAAGAUAUAAUCUAGAGAGGUAUUUACUGUAAAAUGUAGCCAUGUUCUUGAGCAAAUUGCUCGAUGUUAAAUCUCCUGUACCAGAAAAAUGUAAUGUAGCAUCAACUUUGAGGUUUU